GUUUCUCCUCAGGGGAUGAGAGCAACAUAACAGCAGCAAAAAGUUACACAUCAAAUCAAAAUACUGAUAUUUUAACAAACAAUGACAGUUCAUAUUUAGCCUACAUAGGCUACAUAUCUUUAAAUAAAGUUCUUAUCUUUACUCGCACAAACAUGCAGAUAUUUUUAGUUUAUCUUGUUUCCUCUUGCCUCCUUGUCUCUUGUCUUUUUGGUUUAUCUGAAUAAUAAAAACCUUGAUACCAUGCUUAAACCUGUAAAAACAGAAAAUUGGAACACAGAGAUGAAAUCCAGACAGAUGGAGGCCUCUGAAGCUGCACUGGUUCCACUGUUUGGGGGCAAACAAAGAUGCAACAUCACUUUCAUCGUGGGGAGCUCAGAGGACAUGGGAGCUGUUCUGGGAUCAGUGAAACGGCUUCUGAUCCAGACGCUGCUGAUGAAGGCUUCACACAGAGACUCUCUAUUCAACAUCAUGACGUACUCAGGAGAGCUGACCUGUUGGUCCCACCACAUGCUCCCCUGUGCUCCUGACUCAGUAUACAUAGCUCUGUCCUGGAUUCACUCCAUCACCUGCAGCCCUGGCAGAGACCUCCUGGCAGCCCUGUGUGUUGCCUUCACUGACCCCGCCUGUCACGCCGUCCACCUGCUCUGCACGGGGCUCCCCGACCAGCCUGAGGCCGUGCUGAGAGCUCUGCCCGCCCUGGCAGCUGGUCGACCUGUAAACAUCUUCUACCUGAAGGACUCAGGUGCUCAGGUGGACAGGAACUCACUAGACUACCUGCAGUGUCUGACAGACGCCACCAGAGGGAGCUGUUAUGUGAUUCCAUUCGGUUUGAAUGGAGUGUUUGAGAAGGCAGUUCCUCUGCAUGUUGUGGAGAAUCAGUCAUCAGCGCCAACAGACUCUCCAGUGAAGUGUUUCUGUCUGACCUCUUCAGUCUUCUUCCCACACAACACGUCAUCACCUGUGCUCAGGUGCAGUCUGGGUAAUCCUCUCCAGCCAUGUACCUCCUUCUUGCAGCCCGGUCUAACCCUGAGCGGUCAGCAGUUUUACCCAGGAUGCAGAGUUCUGGCCCGGAGGGAGAUGGACGGUCUUUAUUACUCGGGCACUUUGAUACAGCAGGUGCAGGGCUGCGCUGGAGUUUGGAUUGUUGAGUUUGACCACCCAGGAAGCCCCGGUUUGGGGUUCGUCCCCUCCCAGAGACAGCUGGCCUGCUCCCUCGACAUGGUGACCCACGCCAGAGCUCUCACAAGCUGUCUGGUACCCGGUGAUGCUGUCCUGUCACCAUGGGAACCAGAUCUGAUACGACACGGGCCGGGGAGACUGAUGGCCGCCACAGAGCGCAGAGAUGUUUCAGGAGUUGACGGUGUUGUGUGCCUCCGGGUGUUGAUGUGGAACGGCUCCGUGUCGCUGGUUCCUCACAGCCUGGUUUCACCCAUUUCAGCCCCUCAACACGACAGAAUAGUCAGAGAGCUCCAGAUCCUGAAAACUCAAGCUCCAGAUCGAUGCUGCAGCUGGCUUCGUGCUCGCAGCUCCUCCUGCACUCCCCGGCUCUUCUGCAGCUCCAGGUGUCCGUCUGCAUCCUGCUGUGGUGAGAACACGUUUCAGCACGGGUGUAGGUCCAGCUUUGGAAGAACGGAUGGAUUUGAGAGGGCGGAGCGAGAUAAAAACGUGGAACAAAGCGAUCCAGAUGCAACGAGGAAUGACCCUGAGGUGCCCUCGCCCUCUUCGUCUCUGUCUGAGGGUGAGAGCAGAGCGGUGAAGCUGAGGAGCAAACAGCAGCGUCCUCCCUGGAGGUACUGGAGAAGAACUGGACCAGAACCACAGCACAGACAGCCAGGGAGCGCAGCAGUGCCAAAGAAGACAUCACAACCUCUGAGGUUCAGCUUCCCUGUCCCUCAGAUAAGCGCCUCGCCCAAUCACAGCUCUCUGUUUCUGUCACUUCCUGGUGCUAAAGGAAGAGCCAACGUCAGAGAUGUUUUUGGAACGACCAACUUCAAACCUCGACCACCGGCUGGACUGCGGCCGUUUUCUGCCAACAAUGCUCCGGCUGUUUACACCUGAUUCAUCACGUGUAAAACAAAUAAAAAC